AUGGGGUUCUCAAAGAAAUCACAAAUUGAGAAUAAUUUAGAAUCCGAAUCCAAAAAAUGGGUAAUCGCUGGAAUUUCUCUCCUGUCAUUGAAACCCAUAAACACAAAGGUGAGUUCUAAUAAAGAUGCUGUCUUUGAAGAUGAAGAAGGUUCGACAACACCGACGGCGAAGGAAGCGAGGAUUCCGAUGAACUUGUCGUGUCCACCGGCACCGAGGAAACAGAGAAUUUCGAGAUGUAACAAUGUUGUUGUCGGCGGUGGUGUUAGAGAGUUUUUCACACCUCCUGAUUUGGAAACAGUGUUCAAGCUUCGUGUUGAGAAGAGUGUUUGA